AUGGAGCUGGUGCCCGUCACCCAUCUUGAGGCCAAGGCUUUGCCUCCACGAAGAAGAGGACGACCCAAGCGCCUCGCUUCUUCACUUCUGCUCCUGUCAGUGGUCGGCUGUUGUUGGCUAGUUUGGAGCCAUGGCGGCAAUUCGAGCGAGCAGGACCUGGACACGGCAUUUGCAUCCGUGGGCUUCGUGAAGCAAGCAGCGCCACCAGCCGUCGCUCUCUUGGGCGGUUUGGCUCUCUAUGGAAUGGGAGGGCCAGAGACCGUGUCCAUCCUGAUGAUCUACUUUGGGGCUCAGACAGGCAUGAACUUGUACAUCAAGAAUGUGCUUUCCAGAAUCGUGGUCGACGAAGAACUAGGCAGACGGGGCCUUCCCAUCGGUUUCCUCCUCACGGCGAUUCAGCAGAUGGUCGCCUUCAUCGCAUUUUGCAUCUUUCUCGUCGCAGGCCGGCUCUGUUGUGCCGGCUACGAGGUGAAGCAGCUGAAAUCGACCAAAGAGUGGGUGGCCGUAAUUUGCUUCAGCAUGGCCUUCGCAUUGAAUAUCGGUCUGAACAACUUCAGCUUGUCUCUGGUGGCAAUCUCGAUCAAUAUGAUCAUCCGUACCUGUUUGCCGCUCUCCACAGCAGUCUCUGAACUGAUUCUUGGAUCUCUUCUUGGGAUACAGCGGAAGUCCAUUGGGCCGACCAAGUGGCUGCUGAUGUUGGCAGGCGUAAGCUGCGCGGGUUUAGCCAGCUAUGCCAAGACGACUUCGCAGACAAAUGCUGAAGAGUCUGCAGCCCUGAUGCUGGGCAUAAUCGUGACAGUUUGCAGCAUCUUUGCCGGUGCCGUCAACAUGGUCCUGGCUAGCAUCCUGGGUACCAGCAUGAAGAUGAAUCCGCUAGACACCACAUGCUACAUGUCGCUGCCAACCGCGCUCGCGCUGAUUGCACCCUCGCUCCUGAUCUACCACCCCGUCAGCCAGUGGCCGGACACGGGAAGCAUGACGGACUGGCAGGUACUGCAAGAAGUCCUGUCAACGAAGCCUUCUGUGCUGGUUCCGGUUCUUGUUUCGGGCGUGCUGUCCUUUUUUUACAACACUUUGCAGUAUACCAUGGUACACAAGUUAUCUGCAACGCAUGCCACUUUCGCAGGCAAUUUCAACAAGGCAGCUACCAUUGCAUUGUCGCUCAUUCUGGGACUCGAGGCGCUGCCACCUGGAAACUAUGGAACGGUUUUCCUCCUCGCUGUCCUUGGAAACAUCGCUGCGUUCACAGCGUUCAGCAUGGUGAAGGAUGCGCCACCGAAAGUGGAGCAGGCCACGAAUGCCCGGACUGCAAAGUAA